AGUGGAGUGCACCUGGUUUUCAAUACCUGCACCUCAAGUGCUCAAUACUAUAGACAAGUGAAGAGUAUCGCAGAAACAGGCGAAGAGAGCGAUAGGAGAGAGGACUUCAACUUUUCUAACAUCACUACACCUACUGUUCAAAUGCGGACAGAAAUUUUGUCGAAUAUUGUUGUCAUCUUAUGUCUGAAUCUCAACCACUCAUUGGCUGUCGAAUACUUCAAAUAUGACGCCCGACAGGUCAGGAGUCAGCCCGACUCUGGCGGACAGCUAUCGUUACACGAGAAGAGAUCUGCAAUUGUUUAUGACCUGAGAUGUCCUAAACAGGAAUACAUACAUCCGUGCGAUUGUUUGGAAUUAGACAAAAGGGAGACAGAGUUUGAAGGCAGUGGCGGAGGGGAUGUAGAGAGCGGGACAACGGGUCCGCCAAAUGUCGGGUUCACUAUCGAAGAGGCGAUUCAUCCGGACUUAAUAGAAACGGUCGCUUUCUGUAAGAAUAUUCGCAACGUUCAGGUAUUGACGGAUGCCAUCAAAGGAUUUCAAGGACAUAGAAUCAAUUACUUUGUUCUGGAUGGUUGCAAACUGCCGCCUUUCCCCAACAGUCUCUUUAAUGAUGUGAAUAUACUUUGGAUGGAAAUACUAAACUCUACCCUUCAGUUCCACGAGAAUUACUUCAAUACAAAGGCCUGUCCAUAGAAUUGCUUGAGAAGAGAGUCUACAACAUAAGUCUCAACACAAUAUACGGUCAAAAGUCAACAUUAUUUAAUAAUAAGCUCUAGUUUUUAUCCAACAAAUAGUUUUUAACCGUAGAUUUAAUUUAUACAAAAAUGACAUAAACUUAACAAAACAACGACACAAUUAACUUAUUUUUAAUGCCUU